AUGUCUACAAAUAAAAUAAUCAAAAAUAUCACUGAAGGAAUAGAAAACUAUUCGAUUAGGCUACUAUAUCAAGAAGAAAGCCAAGUCGAGGAUUUAAGAAGACAACACAUAAAGUAUGUCAGAAAUAAUGUAUCAGUAUCAUUGGACAGUGAUUUUUAUUAUGAUGGAUGUGAUUGUACAGAUAAUUGCGAGUCGUCAGAAUGUGGAUGUAAAUCUACUCAUGGUUAUUUUUAUAACAGUCAAAUAUCAGGUCUAGAUCCGAAUCUGGUUCAAUCCUCAAACGCUACAUUCAAUCAUACAAUUUACGAGUGUAAUUCUUUAUGUGCUUGUUCAAAUCAAUGCCAGAAUCGCCUCGUGCAGCAUGGAAUUUCUUUGCCAUUAGAAAUAUUCAGAACAUCUUUGUGUGGGUGGGGCGUUCGCGUAUCAUCAUCUUAUACGAAUAAUCAGAGAAAUAAUCAAGAAAAAGAUGUGGACGACCAAGUUGUGAUUAAACAAGGUCAAUUUGUUUGUGAAUAUGCUGGUGAAAUCAUAAAAACGGACGAGGCACGACGAAGGUGGAGAUCAUACAAGAGUGACUAUGGAAUUACUGAUAAUUAUAUAUUUUGCAUAAGAGAGCAUAUUGGAAAAGAUCGCGUUCUUCGGACGAAUAUAGAUCCAACACGGGUAGGAAAUAUCGGCCGAUACAUUAAUCACUCAUGUUCACCAAACCUGCGAAUGUUUUUAGUUCGAGUAAAUUCUAUAGUCCCAAUCGCAGCAUUAUUUGCUACACGUGAAAUUCGGGAAAAUGAAGAAUUGAGUUUUGACUAUUCGGGGCAGAUUGGAAUGGGAAUUGAAGAUGAGAAGAUAAACAAUAACGAAGAAGAUAGUGUUAGUAAAAAUGGCAUCAUCGUUGGAGAAAGAAAACCCUGUUUUUGUGGAAGUGAGAAUUGCUGUGGGUAUUUGCCUUUUGAUGAAUCAUUAUGA